AUGGAUUGUUUGAGUGAAGAACUUGCAAAAGCAAGCUUGACAGCCACAGACUCAUUUGAAGAGCAAGAUAAUCUAGACCACACAGACAGGGAAAAUGUUGACACUAAGCUCUGUGCUAACGCCAACAAUGUUGGAAAUGCGAAUAGCCUUUCACAAACAUCGAUCAUAACAAGUCAGCCAACAUCAAUUUCAACAAGCCCAUCACGAAAAACAUCAACUACAAGCUCCAAUUCCAUUAAAGAUAGAAACCUCACUAUAGAGGAAGAGUAUACUCAAUUCUUUUAUGAUGAAACUGAUUCGGAUCCUAAUUUCAUUAAUUUGGUGGAGCAGUUGUCAGAGAUUUUUCCCACCUUUUCAAAAGCUGACUUGAAAAUCAGAUUGAAGCUUAAUGAUAAUGUUGAACAACUAAUGGAAGAGUUGUUCAUUGAAUGCGAGCAAAGUGAAUUGUUGGAUAUAGAAAACAUGGCGAAAGAGGAAGUAACUAGACUACAGGGAUCAAACCAUUCAGAGGAGCCAACAAAGCAAGGUUUGGCGUGGUAUCAAAAGCCAUCCAAACCUGGGCCCAAGCUUCAGCUGUCAAAAUAUAUUGUGGAGACGUGUCAGUUGCAAGAAAUAUUUCCUCACCUUAGCCCACCGUUGAUUGAGCAAGCUCUAAUUAAAAGAAAUGGUGAUAUGGAUGCUACGUCUGUUGAUUUGCUUGAUCCGGAUUCUAUUGAGACGAAAGGCGACAAAUCUCAAGCCAAUGCGUGGCAGGAUAAUACUGAUUUAUUGUGUCGACUCAAAAUGUUUUUAAACCUUAGCGAUAGUGGUAUCACUGCGGGACAAGAUCUAACCAAACGCGUCCUAGAAGAAGAAGAGAUCCAGUUUCAUAUACGCAAGUGUCGUCAAGAUUACAGUGAGACAUUGAAAAGUAUCAUUGUCAAUUGUCGACCAAAAGUACAACACAAAGUGACUGUGAGGGGUGUCGGUGGUCGUGUGCAGCGAGGUGGAUCAAGGACUACAUCAAGAUCGAAGACAGAGUAUCGUCUAACACCCACAACCUACAAAUAUAAAGCAAAUCGAGCUGAAAGUUUGGAACUUCAACAGAUGUACCUUAUCAAUGAGGAAUUGCAAAUGUUGGAUGAAUCUAUUCUUAUCAAUGCACUUGAGUUUUAUGAAGGUGAUUGUGAUAAAGUAUUGCAAUUUGCAAUAGAAGUGUUGUCAAACUGCUCAGUUGAACAAUUACCGACAGUCAAGUACAGCUUGGGUAUUGAUUCCAAGAAUAAGUUAACAAAGCAGAGUACUUCAAAUGGUAUUAAACCAAUUCAUGGCGAAAUUGUUUAUCCAAAUCUUGCAGAAAGUUUUAAGGGGUAUUCUGCUAAAAGAAGGCAAUCCUCACUGCAUUUUCUGACUUCCAUUACGACUAAAGAUAUUAGCAAAUAUGUUUCUGGAUCUAAAGUUGAUCUACAUGGCAAAACUGCAUUAGAAGCACUUACAUUGACAAGGAAUGUGCUUGAUGCAUGGUGGCAAGAAGAGAUUGAACAACGUAUUGAGCAUGGUAAACUCAAUCUGUAUGGUUCACUAGCGGUAUUUGUUGAUAAUUUGCUAAUCAUCACUGGUCGGGGAAUCCAUUCGGUAAAUGGAGUCAGUAUUGUAAGGCGGUAUGUUAAAGAUUAUUUAGUUAGAAAUCGGUAUGUUUUUGAUGAACGGGUGGGUAAUUUUGAGAUUAAAGGUAUGCGGAAAAGGUGA